AUGCCCUCUUCCAAAACUGACACCGCGGUCCGUCUUCCUGAAAACCAAGACCAGACCCGUCGCCUGCGAAAUGUCACCCAAGACCGUAAGGCCGUUUCUCGCCUGCAGGACGAAGCCAAUUCCUCCAAGAACAAGGUCGAGGAUGUGAACAGCUGGGGAACUGAGCAGCUGCUGGGCACCGGGAUCGAUGAGUCGGCCAAUCCAGUGCCGGACCCUGUUACCUUUGGGAAUGGACGCAAGACGAGACAGAAUCAGCAGCAUCAAAAGGAUGAAGCGGAUGUUUAUGAAGCUAUGAACCAGGAUUUUGAAUAG